AUGGUUUCUUAUUACGGUAAUCCUAUCCCUUUACUGUUUCCUAAUUACAAUUCUGGAUGCAGUUCCUUUAGCAGCCCAUCUAAUGAAGAAGCUGUUGUUCUUGGGGCAACAGGUGAACUAGGAACCCAGAUAGUCAACCAAGCUCUCGAUGCCUCGUACCACGCGACCGCUUUGGUUCGAACUUUCCAUCUGGGCAAGGUGAUUGAAAGUCAGGACGUCGCUAUAAACUGCAUUGGCCCUCAACUAUUCGGCAACGACACUGAUAUGAUAAUUGAAAGCAUGGUUAAAAAUAAAGUUAGAAGAUUGAUUGUCAUCACUGCGCAAGGCAUUAGAACAAUUAGUGGUAUGGAUUCUUCUAACAGUUCAAGCAGUUCCAGUUCUAGAAACAUUAGCAAUAAUGAGCACAAUACCAAGGGCUAUUUGAUGUUACCAAUAACCUCAACGUCCACACAAAUUCCAGUAAUCUUAAAGGAUCAAAAAAGAUUUUUGGUAAAUUUUUUCCAAAUAAGAUUCUCAACGAUAAGGAACCUCAGGAACGAUCAACUUGGAAACUAG